AUGGUUCUCCUCACUUUAACCAGACCAGCGUCUAGUCUGGUGACCCCCAAGAAGGUUUUAUCUAGUCUGAAGAAUCUUCCUUCUACUCGAAAAUCCGCAAAAGAUGUUCAUCCGAAAACACCUGCAAGAACUAGAUUCGCCCCAUCCCCUACGGGAUUUCUGCAUUUAGGAUCUCUAAGAACUGCAUUAUACAACUAUCUGUUAGCCAAGAAUACUGGUGGGCAGUUUCUCUUACGCCUAGAGGACACCGACAGAAAGAGACUGGUACCAGGUGCUGAAGAGAAUAUAUACAACACCUUACGAUGGGCAGGUAUAAAAUAUGACGAAGGACCAGGUGUUAAUGAGGUAUAUGGUCCGUAUCGCCAAAGUGAGCGAACUGGAAUUUACGCAAAAUACUCUGAGCUUUUAAUAAAAUCUGGACAUGCGUAUCGAUGUUUUUGCACAAAGGAAAGGCUAAAUAGCUUGAAGGAAUCUGCUAUGGCACUAAUACCUCCGACAACAGUUACUUAUGAUCGAAAGUGUGCAAAGCUAAGUGCUGAAGAAGAGCAAGAACUGUUGAAUAGGAAAAUACCCUACACUAUUAGAUUUCGGUCUCCCAAAGUAUAUGAUACAUUUCAUGAUUUACUUCAUGGUGAAUUAAACCUACAACCACAAGUCAACCUAAGCGAUAUAAGGUACGAUGACAUAAUUCUAGUAAAGUCAGAUAAUCUUCCUACUUAUCACUUUGCAAAUGUGGUUGACGACCACCUAAUGAAGAUUACACAUGUGGUUAGGGGCGAAGAAUGGAUGCUUUCUACCCCAAAGCAUAUUGCCUUGUAUAAAGCAUUUGGUUGGCAACCUCCACAAUUUGUUCACAUUCCCCUGUUAACUACAACAGGUGAUAAGAAACUCAGCAAAAGGAACCGUGAUACUAAUAUAGACUCGCUGAGAGAAAAAGGGUUUCUUCCCGAGGCAUUGGUUAACUUCUGUGUACUGUUCGGCUGGUCAGCACCUCGAGAAUUAGCAGAGGCACAGCGCGAAUGUUUUACACUAUCCGAAUUAGAAACUUUGUUCAGCCUGAACUACCUCGCCAAAGGUAAUGCCAAAGUUGAUGACAGUAAGCUGCUCUUUUUCAACAAACAUUAUAUGACUUCAAGACUUAAGGAUGCAGAUCAACUCAAAGAGCUUUCGUUAAAUCUGUACAUCAAACUAAGAAAUAAGUAUCCCGAACUAUCUCCAUCAAAAGUUGAAAACAUUGUAAAAGUAAUUGGGCCAAACCUAACAACUAUUUAUGAUGCUGAAACACAGUUUCAAUACCUUUUCACAAAACCGAACUACGCGAAUAACAAACAUUUUGAUGAAUUCAAAGCCAACUAUAACAAGCAAGAUGUUGAUGCUGUAUUAUCCAAAUUCCAAUGCCGGCUAACAGACGAUAACAUGAACAAUUUAAUAAAUGAAAUAGCCAAACAAGAUAAAAUACCUAAAAAAAUGAUAUUUGAAUGUUUGAGAUUCGCUCUGGCAGCUUCAUGCCCCGGGCUAAAACUCCCAGCAUUGGCCUCUUUGCUAGGUAUUGAAGAAUCCAAAUGCAGAAUAUUAGAUGCCUUGCAUAUGGAAUUGUAA